CUCUCGCGUCGCGGCUAACCUGGCCCCGGGUUAUAGGACAACGUAGAGUGAGUGUUGGGUUGAAGCAGUGCCGGGCCGAGGACGAGCCUCGUCGUCAACCUCGUCAUGUUCUCGUCGAAAGACUCGAUCAAGGCCGACUACGUUAGCCUCAGCAUUAACGACGGCGCGGCCUCCGUUAAGGCCACUUCCCGAAGCGUCUGGAGACAAUGGAACCAAUUGUCCAGGUUUCAGCGCACCAUUUUCCAUUUUGCUGUGAUAACAAUUGUAAUUCUUGUAAUUUACUUAUUACCUGGCAAGACUCAAAAUAUUACUAAAGUCCAAGAGAAUGAUUAUGACAAUGAGAAGAUCAUCAAAGAACAUCCAAAGCUAUUAGAGGUAGCCAAUGAAAUUAAAAUAGAUAGCGUGGAUCAGAAUAAGGAAGCAAUUGACAAAGGAAUUGGGAGCAACAAUGUCGAAGUUAUAGAUGAACCCGAAUUUCAACCUGAAAUCAAUCAAGUAGAAGACGAUCAAAUUAGGGAACCGCCUGAUCAUAAGUCGCAACCUGUAAAAUUUGAUGGUCCGCAAAAUGCCAAGCAAAAAGCUAUAAUCGAAGCUUUCAAGCACUCUUGGAAUGGAUAUAAAAAAUAUGCUUGGGGAUACGAUAACAUUAAGCCAAUUUCCAAAGGGCAUCACGAAUGGUUUGGCCUAGGCUUAACCAUUAUCGAUUCUUUAGACACUAUGUACAUUAUGGGACUAAACGAAGAAUUUCAAGAGGCAAGAAAUUGGGUACAAAAUAGCUUGUCAUUUGAUCAAAAUAGAGACGUAAAUUUAUUCGAAGUGACCAUUAGAGUACUUGGUGGAUUAUUAGCAGCAUAUCAUUUGUCUGGUGAUAAAAUGUUUCUGGACAAGGCGAUCGACCUCGGUGACCGAAUGCUGCCGGCCUUUUCCACGCGCUCAGGUGUCCCGUUCUCGGACGUGAACUUGGGGACACGGAGCGCCCAUCCGCCCAAGUGGGGCCCGGACAGCAGUACAAGCGAGAUCACCUCGAUCCAACUGGAGUUCCGCGACCUCAGUCGGAGCGUUCAACAGCCGCACUUUGAAGUCGCAGCGGCCAAGGUCUCCGAGCACGUGCACCAGCUCGAGAAAUACGACGGUCUCGUGCCCAUCUUCAUCAAUGCCAAUACAGGACUGUUCCGCGAGUACGCGGUAAUCACCCUUGGAGCCAGGGGCGACAGCUACUACGAGUAUCUGCUCAAGCAAUGGAUACAGACGGGCAGGACCAUCGAUUACUUGAAAGAUGACUAUUUGCUUGGCAUCGAAGGGACCAAAAAACACUUGGUAAAGAGAACUGCCGUUCGUAAAUAUCUAUUUAUAGCCGAACUCUUGGGUGCUGCUCGAUAUAUGAAGCCAAAAAUGGAUCAUUUGACGUGUUACUUAAGUGGAACUCUAGCGUUGGGAGUGCACUUUGGCCUUCCAAAGGAGCACAUGGACAUUGCGACCGAAUUGCUAAAAACUUGCUACGAGACUUACAUUAUACAGCCAACCUGCCUUGCUCCCGAAAUUACCUACUUCAAUAUCCAGAAAUCGGACGAUGAAAAUCAAAAGGAUAUGUAUGUGAAGACAAAUGAUGCGCACAAUCUCCUGCGGCCUGAAUUCAUUGAAAGUUUAUUUUACAUGUGGUACUUUACUGGCAACAAAACUUAUCAGAAUUGGGGCUGGAAAAUUUUUCAAGCUUUCAAAAAUUAUACAAGAGUCGAAAAUGGGUACACGAGUAUCGGCAAUGUCAAGAAUAUUCAUAACACACGCCCGCGCGAUAUGACCGAGAGUUUUUGGUUUGGCGAAACAUUAAAAUAUCUCUAUUUAUUAUUUGACGAUACUAGGCAACUAAUUGAUUUAGACAAAUGGAUUUUUAAUUCCGAAGGCCACCCCUUACCGAUUUAUGAUGCGUAAAUGACUAUUAUUAUAACAAU